AUGGCUGUUUUAUGGAUUACCCAGUUUAUGAUUGUUACUCUUAACAUCUUUUUGGGAAUCCUGUUUGUCCUGGCAAACAAAGACUUUUGUGGAAGCGUUUUUGAAACUCAAGUCGGUGAGUAAAUACUUAAAAUGAAAAACCAAAACAAAAAAAAUUAAAAAAAACCAUUCUUAUACUCUCUUUCUUUAGCUAAUAACUACAGGGAACGCUUUUUUCCUUUCAGACCAUGCCUUGGUUGAUCAUGUUAUCCAGACAAAUGUUGUUGUGGACGAGUUUGAAUGCCAGUUAAAAUGUAUGGGAAAUAACAGCUGUAAGUCGAUCAAUGUUCAUCGCGGUGACAGCAAUGGAAAACGUAGCUGUGAGUUGAAUAAUAAAACACGGCAGAUGAAGCCAGGUCAUUUUAAAAAGAAAAAAGGAUCUACAUACUAUAGCUCUGUUCAGGUGGGUUCUAGGUUGAGCAGGUUUGUUGAUAACUUUCCUAUGUAAUUCACUGCCAAGAACAAUGUUUCGGAACUACUGCUAUAUACUAAUGAAAACUGGGAGAAUCAAUUGUUAUUGGCUUAUAAAUAGGCGUUCACUUCGUAAACAGAACACCAGACAGUUAAAAAUCUCGGGAAAACUUUUCUCCAAGCGAGUCUUAGUUAUCUUCAUCAUUUUGCAAUUCCCGUUUUGCAACAACGCGAGAACCAAAAGGUUUCCUUUCUGCUUGUAUAGCAUCUUCUGAGUGUUGACAUUAGUGUAAGGGCAACGUUGUUUUUUGAAAACGCACAUUAAGCGUCUGAAUACUGAUAACGAGAAAACAAGCUUUGUUUACUCUGAACAACGAUCGAAGGCAGAACGUGAAGAAAAAAGUUCACCUUUCUGUUUUACUAAUCAGGCCUCCUGCUUGGAUAUUUCUCGCGGGCGAAAACAAACAACUAAAAGCGGCCAGUGUCAUCCGGAAUACAAAGGAAAACAUUGUGAAACACGUAAGUGGUGAGACUGUUCUAGAAAAGUUCUACUUUAGACGUUGUUAAACGAAAUACAUGACUAUUAAGUGCUAUGAGGAUAGUGUGAAUUUUCAAUUGAAAACUCCUUUUAAAACCCAUUUCUGAAGAUAAAUGCGGACAGCCAUGUGCAAGUUUGCGCAUAGCUUUUUACCUUUUUUCAGCGUCUUAACUGGUGUGUGAGGAUUAAUAAACCCAUCAAGAUCAAAGCUCAUUUCCUUUUCAGCUACCAGAGGCUUAUAUUUCAAUCAGCCUGGUAAUUCCUGUAAGGACAUCCGAAAUUAUUUGGUAAUUGACCCUAAACCACGACAUUAAAGAAUAGUACAUAUUUAAUUUCGCAGCUGUACCUGGCUGGUCUUCCCGUCAUCCUGCUCUGUCCUGCAAGCAGAUUUUGGAAGCUGGGAACUCUAAAGGAGACGGAGAGUACUGGAUCGACCCUGAGAAAAAUGGAAGUUCUUUAAAAGUAUUUUGUGACAUGACAACUGAUGGAGGUAAGCACUGUAAAUAA